AUGAAAGAACUACGCAGCAAACAUGGACAUUUUCUGUACGCUUUAACGGAAAUUGGAAUUUAUGGCGAGAAUGGCUUUUUGUUUCAUCAUGGAUUUCCACGAGAAAUGACUGAUUUUCACAAAGAUCGACUCAAACAACAUGGAAUCAUCAUCGAAGGGAAAAGCGCUAUUCAAAAGAAGAACGCGCCAUGCUUGAGAACAAUUGGGAAUCUUUUCGGAAAGAUUACGGAU